GUUCAUAUCUUCAUGACUUGGUCUUGAUAUCUCUAUUUUUCAAGUAUACCGCUUAAGAAUGAUUGACUUGAGGCUUUCAUUUUGCCUAUAAAAGCACGACAGCAGUGUAAGUGCUAUCAGAAAACUCAUCCGGAGCAUCAUGGCUCGGAGCAAUGCAUGUUGUUGUCUUCUGGUUCUUAUCUUCCUAUGUGGUGCACUCCCACUGGGAAUGAAUCCCGGGACGAUGGUGAUAAGCGUCGGAGCUUGUCCACUGGUCUGCUUGGAUGUGGACUAUAUGACGUGCCCGUCCACUGGGGAUGAGCACCUGAGUCCCCGCUGCAACUGCUGCCUCGCUCCGCAAGGCUGCACUCUUCAUCUGACCGACGGCACAUCAGUUUUUUGCAGUUGAAGAAAUUGAUGCAAGAAACUGAAGUCUAUUAAAAAUGCCAUGUGCAGUACAUCAGAUCGAACUUUGUAUUGGAAUUGAAUAAAGAUCACACAAAAUAA